CAUGUUUGAAUUAGACAGUGACCGAGACAAUUUUAUUCCUCAGCUAAUAUGUAAAUCUGACUAUUACUUAGCUCUUACCUAAAAGCGCUACGUUUGCUAUAAUAAAUAAAACUUCCUGUUGAAGUUAAUCAUUGACAUCCUCGAAUGCUUUUGAAAAACUAUUAAAUUAUGUUACUUUAUUGGAAAUGCGAACUAUAUUAUUAAUGUUAUGAAAUGAAAUGAAAAGAUUUUCAUUUGAAAAAUAUUAUCUGUUAUUCGUGUAAUAUUAGAUUAAAAAUCUAUUUUAAUUUUACAGUAGUGUAUCAAUAUAACUGUUAAGUGGAUACUAAACAAAGCACUUGAGAUAAUAAAUACUUAUAGGUUGUUUACGAGUACAGCUCACACGGAGCUUAACCAUUAAUUAUAGCUUGUAUUGAUUGUCUAAGCACUAGUUGUGAAAUUACCAUUGACGAGGCAACAUGAAGCUACUCGUGGCUACUUCGCUCCUGCUGCUGCUAGUGACAGUCUACGGCAGCGAAUCCCUCGCGCGCCAGAAUGCGACCCUGGAGCAGUACAUCAUGGCUGAGAGCAAGAAAGUGAACCAGCGGUACAGACUGCAGUACCACGUCGCCGCGCCCGUGGGCUGGAUCAAUGACCCCAAUGGCUUCAGCUACUACAAGGAGCAGUACCACCUCUUCUAUCAGUACUACCCUUACGAAGCUAAGUGGGGACCCAUGCACUGGGGACACGUCGUCAGCAAAGACCUCGUGACUUGGGAGUAUCGUCCCACCGCUCUAGUGCCCGGCGAGGAACAAUGCUUCUCAGGAAGUGCCGUAGAAGUCAACGGCUCCAUGGUCUUGAUGUACACCGCCCAUGUUGUGAAGGAGGGGAUGCCAGUCAACCAGAGCCAGUACCUCGCCUUCAGUGACGAUGGUGUUAACUUCGAAAAGUUUGCCGGUAAUCCAGUUAUUCCUGCAUCCCCGAACAAUUCUCCAGAUUUUCGUGAUCCUAAGGCGUGGAAACACGGGGACUACUGGUAUGUAAUCAUUGGAAGCAAGACUGAUGAUGAAAUUGGAACAGUUUUGCUGUACAGGUCCAAGAAUAUGAUCGACUGGGAGUUUCUGACUAUUCUCGCUCAGGCAACUAGCGACCUUGGUUACAUGUGGGAGUGUCCAGAUUUCUUCGAGCUAGGUGGCAAACAUAUUCUACUCAUGUCACCCCAAGGCAUGGUAGCGCAGGGCGAUAGGUUCAAGAAUUUGUACCAAACUGGAUACAUUGUAGGACAAUUUGACUACGAAACAUUUAAGUUCACUCAAGAAACAGCUUUUCAAGAACUUGAUUAUGGACACGACUUUUAUGCUGCCCAAACCAUUGCAUCCCCUGAUGGUAAGCGAGUGUUAAUAGGAUGGUUCGGAAUGUGGGAGACCGCGUUCCCCGAAGCCAAAGAUGGCUGGGCGGGAGCUAUGACCAUCGCCAGAGAGCUGGUACUUGACAGUAACAACCAUAUCCUCAUGAAACCACUCACAGCUCAAAGCAGUCUCAGAAACAGGGUAUCGCUUCAGAGCAAUUUGAAAGCCGAUCAAGUGUUGGAGCUAGAGCCGGCAUCAGAGGUUCUGAUUGAAGCUGAUUUGACUCAGAGUAUUAACUUGCUUCUGGAGGGUCGCAGCGGGGGAGGGAAGGCUUGGUUGAAAUGGGACCCGUCGGUUGGUAAAGUGGUGGUGGAGAGGGAGGGAGACGAUAUACGCCAGGUGGAGUGGGCGCCGGGGUCCAACAAGGCGUGGCGGCUGUUCCUGGACACCAGCUCUCUGGAGCUGUUUUGUGGAGACGGCGAGGUGGUCUUCAGCUCCAGGGUGUACCCUCUCGGCGGGUGGAAGCUCAGCAACCUCGGCACCCAGGCGGUCAACACCACCGCCUACGCUCUCAAACGGAGCGUACCGUCCUACAACUCAGCCAUGGGCUCCAAUUUAAAGAUUUUCAAUGUUUUGUGUUUAGUUUUGUUUGGUUACGCGCUGUAUUAAGUUAAUGUUAAAGAAUAUGUAACAUGAAUAUGUUAUUGUUUGACUAAGUAACUUUAAAUUCUGAAAAACAUAGAUAUAGGUGUACAAAUUUAAUUCUGAAAAUUAUUAUAAAUUCUGAAUUUGACAAUUACUUACGAGUAUUAAAUUGGUUUUUAAUUAAAUUGAGAAUACACAUUUUAAUAAUGAUA